AUGUCCUCAGGUGUCUCAGCUGGCUUCCAGCUGCUGAGCCAAGGUGACCAGAUGACCAGAUCUCCUGCAAGUCCUCAGCCAAACCCACCCACACUGGAUGUGUGUCUCGAGAGCAUCCUGGAUGCCCCUGAUGACCACAUGCAGACAACUGAGUUGAACCCCUGUGCCACAGCAUCGCGUGGGCAGGCACAGGUGUGGUUUAAAAACCGCCGGGCCAAGUGCCGGCAGCAGCAGCAGCAGCAGCAGAACGGGGGCCAGAACAAGGUACGACCAGCUAAAAAGAAGAAUUCACCAGCCCGGGAAGUGAGCUCAGAGAGCGGGACCAGCGGGCAGUUCACUCCCCCCUCCAGCACCUCAGUCCCCACCAUUUCCAGCAGCAGUGCCCCCGUGUCCAUCUGGAGCCCAGCGUCCAUCUCCCCUCUCUCAGACCCCCUGUCCACCUCUUCCUCCUGCAUGCAGAGAUCCUACCCCAUGACCUACACCCAGGCAUCAGGCUACAGCCAAGGAUACGCUGGCUCGACCUCCUAUUUUGGAGGGAUGGACUGUGGAUCUUACUUGACCCCUAUGCACCACCAGCUUCCUGGACCAGGGGCCACCCUGAGUCCCAUGGGUGCCAACGCAGUCACCAGCCACCUCAACCAAUCUCCAGCCUCCCUUUCCACCCAGGGCUAUGGAGCCUCCAGUUUGGGCUUUAACUCCACCACCGAUUGCUUGGAUUAUAAAGACCAAACCGCCUCCUGGAAGUUAAACUUCAAUGCUGACUGCUUGGAUUAUAAGGACCAGACAUCGUCAUGGAAGUUCCAGGUUUUGUGAAGAACCUUGGUGGUAAAAAACGAGAACAAAUCGCGACGAGAACGAACAGGCUGGGCUGGACGUUCCAGUUUUAGUCAGGUCUUGGU